AUGGCGGACCUAGAGGCAGUGCUGGCCGAUGUCAGCUAUCUGAUGGCGAUGGAGAAGAGCAAAUGCACGCCGGCGGCGAGGGCCAGCAAAAAGAUAGUCCUGCCCGAUCCCAGCGUUCGCAGUGUGAUGCACAAGUACCUGGAGAAGAAGAACGAGGUGAACUUUGACAAAAUCUUCCAUCAGACCUUAGGUUUUCUACUGUUUAAAGAUUUUUGCGAGAACGUGUCCGAAGUCCCGGUGCCGCGGCUUCGCUUCUACGAAGAGAUAAAACAGUACGAGAAACUGGAACGAGCGGACGAACGGAUGAAGCAGGCACGAGACAUCUACGACAACUUCAUCAUGAAGGAGCUUCUCUCGCACACGCACGAUUACUCGAUGGCCUGCCUGCAGCACGUGCAGAAUCAUUUGAUGAAGAACGACGUUCCGGUCACGCUUUUCGAGUCGUACAUUGAGGAAAUCUACAAUCAGUUGCGGGAUGAACCCUUCCGGAAAUUCAUAGAAAGUGAAAAGUACACGCGAUUUUGCCAAUGGAAGAACCUGGAGCUGAACAUCCAGUUAACGAUGAACGAUUUCAGUGUGCAUCGGAUCAUCGGUCGCGGCGGUUUCGGUGAGGUGUACGGCUGCCGCAAGGCCGACACCGGAAAGAUGUACGCGAUGAAGUGUCUGGACAAGAAGAGGAUCAAGAUGAAGCAGGGAGAAACACUGGCACUGAACGAACGAAUCAUGCUGAGUCUGGUGAGCACCGGCGUCGACUGCCCCUUCAUCGUCUGCAUGACGUACGCCUUUCACACACCCGACAAACUGUGCUUCAUCCUCGAUUUGAUGAACGGCGGCGAUCUGCACUAUCACCUCAGUCAGCACGGCGUCUUUAACGAGUCGGAGAUGAAGUUUUACGCUGCCGAAGUUAUACUAGGAUUGGAUCACAUGCAUCGCAGGUACAUCGUGUACAGGGACCUGAAGCCUGCUAACAUUCUGCUCGACGAGCACGGACACGUGCGCAUCUCAGACCUGGGCCUCGCCUGUGACUUUUCCAAGAAGAAACCCCACGCCAGCGUCGGCACGCACGGUUACAUGGCACCGGAGGUCCUCUCCAAGGGUACCGCUUACGAUUCGAGCGCCGACUGGUUCAGCUUCGGAUGCAUGCUGUACAAGCUGCUCAAGGGUCACUCGCCCUUCCGGCAGCACAAGACCAAAGACAAGCACGAGAUCGAUCGCAUGACGCUCACGAUGAACGUCGAGCUACCUGACUCCUUCAGCAAGGAGCUCAAAUCGUUGCUCGAGGGUCUCUUGCAGAGGGACGUCGACAAACGGCUUGGAUGCCGCGGGAACGGAGCAGAAGAGGUCAAGGAGCAUCCGUUCUUCGCCGGCAUCGACUGGCAGCAGGUCUACCUGCAGAAGUACACGCCUCCGCUGAUCCCACCGCGCGGUGAGGUCAACGCCGCGGACGCCUUCGAUAUCGGCUCGUUCGACGAGGAGGACACCAAAGGCAUCAAAUUGACCGACGCCGAUCAGGACCUCUACAAGAACUUCCCGCUGGUCAUCUCCGAGCGGUGGCAAAACGAGGUGGCGGAGACCGUCUUCGAGACGAUCAACUUUGAAGCUGACAAGGCGGAGCACAAGCGCAAAGCCAAGCACAAGUACAAGUUCGAUCUGGACGAGAAGGAGUCCGACUGCAUCCUGCACGGCUACAUCAAGAAGCUCGGCGGUCCGUGGACGUCCAGCUGGCAGAUGAAGUACGCGAAGCUCUACCCCAAUCGGCUCGAACUUCAUCCGGAUUCUGCGAAGCCGGAGAUGAUCUUCAUGGAUCAGAUCGAAGAGGUCAGCGGCGACCUGGUGCAGGUCAAGAACGAGCAGUGCAUCAUCAUCAGGCUGCGAGACGGCAAGAUCGUCCUCACCAAUCCCGACGAGAUCGGCCUGAAGGAGUGGCUCACCAGCCUCAAGUCGGCGCACAAGCAGAGCCUCGAGCUACUAGGUUCGAUGGCAAAGAAGGCGGGUAAAAUCUACGGUACAGAUUCGAACAACAAGAACGCAAUCAUCACCACCCAUCGCAAUACCAACGGCAAUUAACGACAACACGCGUCAGAGUGUGCAAGAGAUACAUUAUAGUGUACAGAUGAGAGAGAGAGAGUGAGUGGUGCUCACAAAAGAGAAACGUAACGCGUAAAUGGAUACGAAGGUGAUCUUUCCUUUAAGUUAAUUAAUCCCGCAUGGAAACACAGAUGUGUGUGUAUGUGUGCGCGCGCGUGUACGUUGCUAGUUUUAACAGAGGAAAACAAACACAAGAGAGAAAAGAGUAGCGCUAGGUUGAAUGUAGAAAGACGGACGAUGUUUUAUCCUUCUAGUAAGUAGAUCUUUCUUCGCUAGAACAUUGUACCAAGAGAAUCGAGAGAGCGUGCGUUGUUAGGUAUUUGUUUCUUUUUAUAUACUAUACAUAUAUAUAUAUAUACACACACACAAACAUAUAUAUUUUUUUAAUAGUCAGCG